UUUAUAUUACCACUUUCUUUUAUCGUUCUGAUCACUACAUGUGUCUUUAUUUGUGAGUGAACAAUUCCGUUUGUACAAAACAUUAAAACAAGUGUGUCACCUAUGGAUCCGGAAAACACGCCCACGAUUGCUAACUGUACGCGCAGAGCAAAGCCAUUGGACAAUCAGGGCUGUCAAUAGCGCAUAGCUGCCAUUCUUUCCGUUCUGUUCUGAGCUUGGCGAAGAGUUUGCAGAUGUGUUUCAGCAUGGGCAGUUGAAACAGCAGGACACUGCUCAAUAGUGUAACUUUUACAGAAUACUAAAAUAUUAAUUUCUGAUAUACAUAUGGGAAAUUGAUAACUAAUAUUGUUGUACGGAAGCUAAGACUGUGCCGAUUUUAGAAUUUCAUUCAUUUGUUUUGUCUUGAACGACAAGGAAAAUGCCAGUAGCAACUCUAUUGCCUUUUACAGCUACCCCGAGUAGGAAGUCUGCCAGCCCGACCUCCUUUAGAUUGACAGAGAAAUUCAUUUUGCUAUUAGUUUUUAGCGCUUUUAUUACGCUUUGUUUCGGKGCAAUUUUUUUCCUGCCGGAUUCAUCGAAGCUACUGAGCGGAGUUUUCUUCCACUCGUCUGCGGUAGAAACCAACACGCGAACAGGUACGGAUAGUGAUUCAAACGUUGCAGUUGGGACCGACGAAAAGAUAUUAACCAAGAUUAGAAAGGACCACGAAAAGGCKUUGGUUGAAGCAAAAGACACUCUCCAGAAACGACCAGACGAGAUAAAGCAAGAUAUACAAAACGAGAAGGACAAAGUUUUGAAGGAAGGUAAAGGUGGGAAAGAUUACAAUAACCUACCAGUCAUUGAAUAUGUUCGGCCACCCGGAGCAACAGGGCACGAGCCCUCCGAUCCGGAAACCAAAGAGAGACGAGCAAAAAUUAAAGAGAUGAUGACAUUUGCCUGGGACAGUUACAAGCGCUACGCCUGGGGAUCUAAUGAGCUGAGGCCUGUUUCCAAGCAAGGCCACUCCAGCAAUCUGUUUGGGAGCAUAAAAGGAGCCACCAUCGUGGAUGCUCUGGAUACCCUGUACAUCAUGGAGAUGUUUGAGGACUUUGACAUGGCCACAGAGUGGGUGGAGAAGAACCUGGACUUCAACGUGAAUGCUGAGGUCUCUGUCUUUGAAGUGAACAUCCGGUUUGUCGGAGGCCUGCUCUCCGCCUAUUACCUUUCUGGCAAAGAGGUGUUCAGGAGGAAGGCCAUAGAACUGGGAGAGAAGCUGUUGCCUGCAUUCAAAACCCCCACAGGCAUCCCCUGGGCCCUCCUAAACCUGAAGAGUGGCAUCGGGAGGAACUGGCCAUGGGCGUCUGGAGGCAGCAGCAUCCUGGCGGAGUACGGCACCCUGCACCUGGAGUUCAUGCAGCUCUCCAAGCUGUCAGGGAACCCAGCCUUCGCAGAGAAGGUCAUGAACAUCCGGAAGGUUCUGAAUCGCCUUGAUAAGCCCCAGGGACUGUACCCCAACUAUGGAAGGGCGGGCUGCUGGAGCACAAGAUGGGUCACCUGACGUGCUUCGCCGGGGGCAUGAUCGCCCUGGGGGCGGACGGAGCGCCCGAGGACAAGACGGGUCACCAGAUGGAGCAGGCCUCAGAGAUUGCCCGCACCUGCCACGAGUCCUACGCCCGCACCACCCUGAAGCUGGGCCCGGAGGCGUUCAGGUUUGACGGAGGCGUGGAGGCCAUCGCCACGCGGCAGAACGAGAAGUACUUCAUCCUGAGGCCAGAGGUCAUCGAGACCUACAUGUACAUGUGGAGGUUCACCCACGACCCUAAGUACAGGGAGUGGGGCUGGGAGGCCGUGCAGGCUCUGGAGAAGCACUGUCGUGUGGAGGGGGGCUACAGUGGAGUGCGGGACGUCUACGCCUCCAGCCCCAACCAUGAUGACGUCCAGCAGAGCUUCUACCUGGCCGAGACACUCAAAUACCUGUACCUGCUCUUCUCUGAUGAUGACCAUCUUCCCUUGGAGCACUGGGUGUUCAACACCGAGGCCCACCCCCUCCCUGUCAUUAAGAAGGAGAUGACAGACACAGACAAGCCCAGCCAGCAGGAGUAGAGUGGUCCUUCUGGAUCACCCCCUGACCUGACCCCUCCCACCACCAAACUCCUCUGCCCCCUCCCUUUCUGAGCAGUGGACGGAACUGUCUCUUACUCCUCCCCCACCAUGGGUGGAGCUCACCCAGGCAGGCCGCUUCCCUGGCAGACUGGACUCUCCUGUUUUGGAGUCCCUGACCAGACCAGAUGGAACCGGACCGGCUGCCUGCCUCUCUAGAGGCAGACUGCCCCCUACUGGGGACUGGGAGGAACCACCUCAUCCAAGAGUUCUCCUCUUGUCAUCUUGUAAAGCUAGUCUGCAUGCUCCCCUCCCUCCCAGUGCUGUAAAUCUACACUCCUCUGUGAGGAGAACAGGACACUCUGCGCUGUAACAUUUGCCRUCACUCCAAAAAAAAGCCAUACUGAUUUGAAGACAGCUUUGUCAUUUAUUUUCUUUCGUUCUUUCCACCAUAUGGGGUAUGUGUUUGUGGGUGUGACUGACAAUAGAUCAAUGUCAAUCAACAUAUCACAUUUGUGUCGUUCUUAUCGUAAGUAUGAUUUUAGUCACACUUUAACAAUGGACCAUUUAGGUGGAUUUCUGUUAAAGACCCAGAGCUUGGUUCUCAACUGCUUGAGAGUCAAAUCUUAACUAGUGCCUUUCAGUCUAAUAUGGUCUAUCAAAUAAGCAGUUCAGGCAAAUGGCAAGGUUUUUAAUUUAAACCGGUAGGUAGGUACCACAUUGUUCAGAUGGCAUUGUUGAUUGAGUGCUUAGUCACCUCCUCUACCACACUGACAUCUAGUGUUGAACACCAGUAAUACACCAGUCCAGUCAGAUGAGUGUAGCAGGUCCACAUACAGUAUUAAAGGAGAUGAAGUACCUUGAUGGGAAAAGACCUGCACUGAGAACAACCUCUGUUUAAAGAAGUAGAAAUGUUGACCAUCUAUCUGUUCCCUUCCUCCUGAAGUAUGGAACGUGUGGACAGUAGAGUUCAUUCCUUCUACCAACAUGUCAUCAAUUCAUUCAGCCUAGUCUGUUUGUCAGAGCUUUGUUUCCCACCCCCACCCCCAUCAUCAUGUUCCUUUUGUUUUUUAAUUGACAAAGUUGACAUGUGCUUUGUUUGUUUGUUUGUUUGUUUGUUCCUUUAUUACAGGUGGUAGAGACAUUAAUCCAUGUGAUGUAAAAUAGUUCCUUUGCUGUUAAUUUAUUCCAUAGUACAUAGGAAGGAAGGUUUGGAUCAGGCACCUAGGUGGCACUGUGGAGAGAAUGGGCCCUGUGUUGUUGUUUAGGUGGAUUAUUUGGGAGAUGGGAGGGAGACAGUGUGGGGGAGACAAGGGCAGAAUCAGACCAAGAAUUUGGUAGUCAAUCAUAUGUAACGAAUGCAUCGUAUGAAUGUACCAUCAAAUGUGAACUGAAGAUUAUUUGACCUUUUGUUGUUCUCAAUUUGUUUGUUGAGAUUUUUUUUUUGUUCCUUUCUUCUGGACUGCACAAAAUGCUGAAACAAUGUGUUGUGGUACCCAGAGCAAUCUAUUUAAAGAGGUGGAACAUUGAGGUUCCUGCAUUAUGAGGCAUUUACAUGACACCUCAACAUUCUAUGGCAGCCAUGUUAGUUCCCCAUUAAUGUUACAUAGGGAAUAUUUAAAUAAUGAUAUGUAACGGAAUGUCUAGAAUAAGAAAUAUUCCAAAUUCGUACAGUUUGCCCAACUCUCUAAAAUAUAUGGCUCUGGUGGUACCGAUCAGAGGAAGCUGUUACUCACAUAUGAACAUACAUAUAUAUAUACAUGCUGAAUACUGUAUAAAGACAAGAUGAUAAAUACAUCGAAGUGGUCACACUGUACAUGCAUAUCGUAUUCAGAAGUACACACUCCAACACACUUAUGAACAUGGAAGUUUAUGGACACUCAGAAAUGGAUGUUCAGGUGACCACAGGACCCAUCAAACCGCUCUGUUGUCUCAUCAUAAAGGCAAAGUUAAAGAGGAGCGGAUUUGUAUGAAACAAUGUCUCGUGGUCCUGUUCUUCUGUAGUGUACAUCUUUCACAGUCAGGGGGCACUGAUGUCCACAUACAGUACAUCUUAUUUGGAAAUAAACGGGGUAGGAUCAAGAGGUCUUGAAGAAGGACCUUCAUCAUGGUUGAAGUCAUUUUCUUACAUUAUAGGAUUGACCAGACAAGAGGUUUGAGAUGCUGAUAUCUGCCCACUACUGGAGCCAAACUCUGCUUUCUAUAGCAUUCUUUAAGACAUAAUAAUAAUACCUGUUUAUCUUACUAGAGGAAGCAAUGUUAAUGAGGGAAACUGUGAUAUCCAUGUAGGCUUACAUCCCUACCACCUAGUUCAGUUCGGUAGCCAUUCCGGCUCCAGGGAAGAGCGUCACUAUACACUGUGAUACACUGUAGAUAUGAAAUUGCUGCAUUCACCAUCUCUGCACUGUCUGAGAGCCUAAGUGUUUCUCCUGACUGUUGCAGCUUUAGGGAGCAGCAGAGAUUACUCGUAGUGAUACUGAGAAACUUCAAGUCGCUGUAAAAUGCUAACACAUGACAUAUGAACCAUUUCCUUUCAUCUUUGUUUCAGAUAUGCAGACUAGAAGAUGUGCUGUUCAUUUCAAAGUGACUUUGUGGUUGAAUAUUGUGUUGAUGAUCUCUCACAUUACAAUGCCUUUUAUUUGUGAAUCUAUUGUUCAUGGUUUUGUGAAACAACCUCAAAAAUGUAAACGGUACAAUAAUGCUGAUAAUCAUUCCAUUGCACAUAGUUUAUUUUGGUUUAUAUGCAAGUUUAAUUUUGUGAGGAAUUGUUCUGUUCUGUUUUUUUGUGUGUGGUUUGUUAUUGAAAUGUAAAUAUUCCAUUCUGGCAAAUAUGCCAUUCUACAUUUAUAUAAAUCUUAUGAGCUUAAAUGAUAUUAAUGAGCAGCAAAAUGUUUCAUAAACUAUAUUUGUUACACUUCUAUUGUGAAUAAAACAAUCUUUAAUAUCAAGCA